AUGAACGCGUCGUACGGCAUUGUCGACGACCUGGUAGACGGCGGCGUCGUGCGAUGGGACAAGCCUGCUUGGUGCAAGCUUCCCGAAGUGGGUCUGGCCUCAGCCUUCGACGGCAUCUUGGUAGAGAACCUUGUGUUUCAAGUGCUGCGGCAGCAGUUCAAGGGUUCUCCAUGUUACGAAGAACUGGUGGACCUGUUCUUGGAAACGACGUUCGGCUUUUAUUUGGGGCAGAAUGAUGACAUCCACAUCGCUAAGCCCGGCAGAGCCAUGCUUGAAGAUUUCACUCUGACGCGGUACCAGAUGGCAGCCAGGCUCAAGACCUCAUUAAUUGAGUUCUACAGCCCCGUGGCGGCGGCCCUGCUGGCGUGUGGCGUCCAAGAUCCGAAAGCCUACGCAGCAGCUCGAGACAUUUCCGUUGACAUGAGUCUGAUCCUUCAAAUAGUGGAUGACUACAACGACUGCUUCGGUGAUGACAAGAGUGACGUGAGCCUCGACAUCAGGAAUGGCUGUUGCACUUGGAUGAUUCUAGAGGCCAAGAAAAUAGCCAACGCGAGCCAGAAAAAGAUCCUGCAGGAAAACUACGGUUACGAUGAUCAGUCAAAAGUUGAUGUUGUGAAGCAGAUCUUCGAUGAAUUAGGACUAAAGAAAAGGGUAAUGGAUUAUCGUCAGAUGUUAUUCCACUCAGUCAUAGCCAAGAUCGAACAAAACGCGGAAAUAUUACCUCCAAAUAUCUAUAAUUAUGCGUUGGAGAUACAUCAAGACUAUUCCGUGGAAUGGUGCCAAAGAAACCAAGUUGAAUAAUAAAACAACGGCAAGGGAAGGCGGUCUCAGUCCAAUGAAAGGGAAGGGGAAUAAAACAAAGAACUUGA